GAGCGCAGUGUUAGCGUCAUGGCUAAUGUCCUGAUAAUUUUUGUGCCAUUGGGGUACAUUGCGCACUACUUGCAAUGGCCCGUGAUUGUCGUGUUUGUGCUCAACUUUUUUGCUAUCAUCCCACUAUCAGCGCUCAUGGGGUUCACGACCGAGGAGGUCUCGAUACGCUUUGGCCCAACUUGGGGUGGCGUGAUGAACGCUACAUUUGGAAAUACCGUCGAGCUGAUCAUCGCCGUCAUCGCGCUCAUCAAGGAGGAGUACCGUAUAGUUCAGGCAGGGCUGAUUGGCAGCGUGCUGUCCAAUACGCUGCUGCGGUCUGCGUCAUCGGUCCAGCUGUACCAUGCGGAGGCUGCUCAAUGUGCUGGUGCAUUGCUGGCGCUGAGCGUCCUGAGUAUGAUAAUACCUGCUGCUUACCACAAUAUGCACGCAUCGGAUGGCAAAAUACCAAUGGGAUCCUGCUCAAGACCCACAGCGAGAUAUUUGACGGCACACACAUGGAUGCCAACAGCGACAUCAGAAACCAAUGCCCCUACCAUUCGGAAAAGCAUGAGACCGUUCAGAUGGAGUUCGACAUGAUAGAUAGUAAGCCUAGCCUGGGCCUAAAUACGCACCCGGUUGAUACCAAAAUUCCAAGCAAGAACAACAGCAUCAGAAAAGACAGUGGCGCGGUGAUUGACGCCAAAUUCAUAAAGGAAACGCGAGAGUGCCAUCUGCGCCACUCGGCGCCGCUCAUGAUAAUGUGGGUGGCUAUCCUGUUGCUCAUUGUUGUAUUUGGACUGGUGGUGCUCUCGUCGGACAUUCUGGUCGAUUCAGUCGAGGAGCUGACUACACACUACAACAUCAGUCACACUUUUGUCGGCAUGAUUCUGCUGCCCAUUGCCUCGAACGCUGCAGAGCACACAAUGUCCGUUACAGUGGCACUGCGCAACAAGAUGGACUUGUGCAUCACUGUUGCUGUCGGGAGCUCAAUGCAAAUGACCCUGUUUGUGCUGCCAUUGCUGAUUAUCAUAGCUUGGUUCCUCAGCCGGCCACUGACAUUGUUCUUUGACGAUUUCGAGACCACAACCAUGUUGAUAUCGGUACUGGUGUUCAAUUACCUCAUUAUGAACGGCCGCUCCAACUGGCUCAAGGGCGCCAUGCUGCUGUGCUCGUAUUCUAUCGUCGCGCUGGCCUUCUUCCUGUACCCGAACGAGUUGGACAAUGUGAGGGGCAACGUUGCCGCCAACUUUGUAUCUUCCACUUCCUUGCCUAUCUCUGCUGCAAAGCUCACUGAGCCAACUCUCAGCUCAUCAAAACUUAGCUUUUUGUAA